AUGACGGUCGCAUCGAGAACAACAACCACAAUGCUUCGAGCGGCACUUCGCACCGCCGCCUUUGCCUCUACCAGCCGCACCGUCCCCCGCAUCGCCCCACUCUCUCGCCCAAUGCUCACCUCCUCUCUCACACCAUCCCUUCGCACCGGCACCAUCACCCCUCUCACAGUGCAAAAGCGAACCAUGUUCAUCCAAACCGAAUCAACCCCGAACGAAGACUCACUAAAGUUCCUUCCCGGUCGUCAAGUGAUGGAAUCAGGAACGCACGAAUUCCUCGACACCCGAUCCUCCAUGGCCUCACCCCUCGCUAAAAAACUCUUCUCCAUCCCCGGAAUCGUCUCGGUCUUUUACGGCCCGGAUUUCAUCACAGUCUCCAAAGACGCCUCACAUCAGUGGUCGACUCUCAAACCCGAAAUCUACUCUUGCAUUAUGGAAUUUUUCACCGCCGGCCACCCCCUAUUCGCCGACUCAGAAUCAUCCCACGGUAGCAGCGACACUGUGAUCCUCGACACAGACUCGGAAGUUGUGGCAAUGAUCAAAGAGCUACUCGACACCCGUGUUCGUCCGGCAAUCCAAGAAGACGGUGGUGAUUUGGAAUACAGAGGUUUCGGUGAGGAUACAGAUGGGAUUGUAAAAGUUAAGUUGAAAGGAAGUUGCAGAGGUUGUGACUCGUCAACGGUUACCUUGAAAUCGGGGAUCGAGAGGAUGUUGAAGCAUUACAUACCCGAAGUGCAGGGCGUGCAACAGGUUUUGGAUCCACAGGAUGAGAUUGCCUUGGACGAGUUUGCAAAGUUGGAACAAAAACUCGAGAAAGAUAGACAGAAGGAGAAUCACUUGGGCUUCUCUCUGUAG